UACUGUACACACUCUCGAUAUGCUCAUUCACACAUAGCGCACAUGUAGGUACGUCUGCUAUGCCACCCGGCACGGAUGGCAUAUUUGGAUCUCGAUAGAUCUCCUGUCAGUCGUGAAAGUGGCAUGUUUUGCAAAUAUCCAGCAUGCAUCGCACUAGAUAAAGUCGGGAUUAGAUGUUAUCAACGCUGAGCAGCACUUACUCCAACACCUCAACACUCGGGUGAGAUUCUUGUGACAUCCCAUUACUUGGCACGGUUUAGAUUCCCUGUCAUUAAAAGUGUUAUGCAAAGUUCAAAGCUAUCAUUACGAUACGGAUAAUUUUUCGUUAAUGAACGCGACGACGAUGAGAGAGUGAUAUGAAGAAUAAACGAGCAGCGCAAAGUUGAAGAAGAAACAACGAAAACUGGUGUACAGCCCCGUACUAAUAGUUCGAGACACGCUCCUCGGAAUCGCUUUAGGACAUGGAUAACAACGAUCAAUCAGAGUCGAUAAUACUCUAUGCGCCGGAAGCAAAUGCAGAAAUUGUCAGCACACAACAACCAAGAACGGAACCACGAUGGACCUUCUGGUUAUUGACGGCGGGCAUAUCCACCACCUUUGGAGCAGCAAUACCUACCGGCUACAAUAUCGGAGUGACCAACGCACCAGCUAAUUUCAUCAAAGAGUGGUGCAACCAGACGAUAUUCGACACCUAUGGCACUGUUCUCAGCGAGGCAGCGUUGGACACGUUCUGGUCUGCGGUGGUGUCAAUUUUCCUAAUUGGUGGGGUCAUAGGUUCGCUGGGUGGUGCGUGGCUGGCUGACAGACUUGGACGAAAACGGUCAUACCUCACUUGCGGAAUACUUCUGGUGUGGGGCGCAAUUUGUUUCCAGUUCUGUAGAGCGGUCGAAUCUGUCGAAUUGCUGCUGCUGGGGCGAGUUCUGGUUGGAUUAGCCGCUGGACUUACGACGAGUACAGUGCCAAUGUACUUAAGUGAGUUGGCACCAGUUGAGCUGCGAGGGGCUCUUGGUGUGUUUUGUUCCAUGGGAGUGACUGGAGGCGUGGUAGUGGGGCAAAUAAUAAGUUUGGAGGAAAUAUUCGGUACCGACGAACUGUGGCAGUUUGCGCUUAGCUUCUACGUUUUACUCGUUAUAAUAUUUUUCGUCCCAUAUCAUUGGCUUCCGGAAAGUCCCAAAUACCUGUUCGUGAUAAAGCAGAAAAGGGACGAAGCAAUAAAUGAAAUUAAGAGAUUAGGAGGCACGAAUGUGAAAGAUGGCUAUGUUAGGCAACAAAUAGAAUCUAUUCGAGGGGAAGACACCCUGAAUAACAUAAAUGAUGACGAGGAGACACAACGAAGAAAGCCGAAACAAAGAUCUCUGUGGUCCGUCCUAACAGAUCCCACAUUGACACUGCCAUUAAUACUUGUGUGUGCCUUACAAGGAGGACAGCAGCUGUCCGGAAUCAAUGCGGUGUUUUUCUACUCCGUGUCCAUUUUUGAGUCAGUGGGACUAAGUUCAACGGAUGCAAAGUUUGCAAAUCUUGGCGCUGGUUGCCUGAAUUUAUUUGUGGCCUUCUUUACACCUGUAUUGAUGGAAAAGUUUAAUCGAAGAUUUUUGGCUCUCUUAUCCUGUUCCAUGUGUGCGUUUUUCCUGUUCGCAUUGACAUUUGUGGUCUACUUCAUUAAUCAUGUUGGCUGGUUUUCAUACGCAAGCAUAAUCGCCAUACUGCUGUAUAUUCUUUUCUACCAAAUCGGACUUGGACCCAUACCGUACUUUAUCGGAUCAGAGCUGUUCGAAGUGGGCCCCCGUCCAGCGGCUAUGGCGAUGGGAAGUAUCGCAUCGUGGGGAUGCAACUUCCUCGUGGCCAUGCUAUUCACCGCGCUACAGAGUGCUUGGGGAGCGUUCGUCUUCCUACCCUUCACCGUUACCUGUGUGCUGUUAACGUUGUUACUUAAGUUCUACUUACCAGAAACCAGAGGGCGCCACAUUUCGUCCAUUGUUCCUCUCGUUUCAAACGGCUUCCGAUCGAAACCAUUGGUGCCUUGGACAUAGACAUAGACAUAGAUCGUAGUACUUUAUUACUCCUUACUUACGCUUUUGAAGACAAAACGAAACUUUUUCUACCAGUUUAUGCUCAAUUUUAAAACGCUGAAAGCUGCACUGAUUCACGCCGAGCGAGCAUUCACAACCACAAAGCGAAUUUACUGAAUAAACUAAUGCAUGCCACUGUGGAACCAA